AGUACGUGAGUUUUGAUUAAAGUGGAAUAAUUGGAUUUCUCAUAAUCACUAAAUUAAUUUUAAUUUAUGUUAUAAUUACUGGUGGUACUAAAUAAUAGUGUGGUCACUAAUUGAAUAACUAAUCAAUAAUCGCACUGAUAUUGAAUUUUCUGUCGUUUUUUUUUUAUCAUAUAAUUUUUUAUCGUCAUUACCAAGUCAAGCUUGAAUUUAGUGUCAACAUUGCACAUAUGAAAAUGGCUAUUAAAGCCGGGCUUUAACGGACGUUAGGCUUUUCGACUGACCACCCGGUUUCGGCAGUAAUAAAUCAAGCUCACUGGAUAAGAUUGGAAAUGUCUUGCAAGUUAACGGACGCAGUUGGAUAUUUAAUAAAUUUGGAGAGGGUACAAUUCAGCAGAUUUUCAUUAAGACGAUCUCCUCAAAUCAAGAUGCACAAGUUCAGUCACUUAAAGUACCUGCCGCUAAUGCUGUUUCAGCUGCUGCUCAUGGUGCUAUUUUUUAUCUUCGUGAGGUACGACGGUGAUAAACAUCAUGAUCUUAGAGGCUUCGAAGGCACUCAUGUGAUGAUAUUCGUCGGCUUUGGAUUCCUGAUGACAUUUCUUAAGAAGUAUUCCUACAGCGCCUUGGGUUUCAACUGGUUUCUUGCUGCUAUUGUGAUACAAUGGGCUUUCUUGUGCCAGAAUUUCUACCAUUUGAAGGAUAAUAAAAUUCUAGCUACUAAAGAGACUUUAUUGGAGGCGGAUAUUAUGGCGGCGACGGUGCUUAUAACUUUUGGCGCGCUGUUGGGGUUGGCCAGCGGCUUACAGUUACUCUUCAUUGCGAUCGUCGAAGUUGCUAUCGCGUGCGCCAACUUUUACCUCGUCGGUGAUAUACUGAAGGCAGCAGACGUGGGUGGUUCUAUAGCGAUUCACACAUUCGGGGCAUACUUCGGCUUAGGAACCAGUUGGGCUAUGAAACCACACCACAAGAAAACCAGUACAGCGCCAACCGCUACCUCCGCUGCAGUCGACUUAAAUGGCCCGACUUAUAUCUCAGAUGUUACCGCGAUGAUAGGUUCACUUUUCUUAUGGAUAUACUGGCCGUCCUUUAACUCCGCCCUCACAACCACCAACAGUGAAUACCAAAGAGCAGUUAUCAAUACUUACUUAGCAUUAGCUUCCGCCACUGUAACAACAUUCGUGAUGUCCUCAGUCGUCAGCAAACAUCACGGCAAGUUGGAUAUGGUACACAUACAGAAUUCGACCUUAGCGGGCGGUGUAGCGGUGGGUUCGGUGUGCAACAUGCACAUAAUGCCAGGCGGGGCAGUGGCCAUUGGCAUCGGAGCUGGACUUCUGAGUGUGCUUGGAUACAGAUUUUUAACUCCAUUGCUGACUAAGUGGGGCAUCCGAGAUACCUGUGGAGUAAACAAUCUCCAUGGCAUGCCAGGCAUCUACUCGGGACUGCUCAGCGUCCUGUUUGCAGCUCUGGCCACCAGCGAUGAGUAUGGAUCUGACCUCGGUGCCGUCUUCGGAGCUAUGGGAGGUGAUGGAAGCAGGACAGCCACGUCGCAAGCUCUUUACCAACUCUACGCAACGCUUGCCACAAUAGUGAUAGCUACGAUUGGCGGAGCUUUUACUGGUCUAUUCGCAAAGCUGUCAUUUUUGUCGCCGCUUAAGGACAACGAGCACUAUGACGACGAUGUCAACUGGGAGCUUCCUUAGUGACGUCACUGUGACUUAGUAUACAACAUAAACAUACAUGAACAAUGAAUAAAUGUUAUUUUUUUUAA